CUGAGCGACACAGUAACAAUCCCAUUCAGACAAGACCCACAACUUCCCCCUGAGGGAGCAAAGAUACAGCAGGAAAUGCAGGGAGUACCACAACUCUUAACAACUUUAACCUGCCGCUGACUGCACACAGACCGUGAAUUUAAAGAAGAAAGGAAAUGGCUCAGAGUGGUUGUAACUUUCAGGGAACUUUCUAGAGGAGGGAGAGGAAUCACGAUUGACUGACUUCCUGUUUUGGGCUCUGCCUGUCACAAUCAGAGAGAAAAUGGCUUUCCGAUCUGAGGAGGAUCUCUCCUGUCCAGUCUGCCAGGACAUUUUUAAAGAUCCUGUUGUCCUGUCGUGUAGCCACAGCUUCUGCAAAGACUGCCUGCAGACGUGGUGGCAAGGGAAAGCUAUACAGGAGUGUCCGUGCUGUAAGAGGAGAUCAUCAAGGAGUGAACCACCUCGUAACUUGGCUUUAAAGAACCUGUGUGAGGCCUUUAUACUGGAGAGGGAUCAGACAGCUUCAGCAGGGUCUGAGUCUCUCUGCAGUCUGCACUCUGAGAAACUGAAACUCUUCUGUCUGGACCAUCAGCAGCCGGUGUGUCUCGUCUGCAGAGAUUCAAAAACACACAGCAACCACAGAUUCAGGCCCAUACAUGAAUUUGCACAGGAUCACAAAAAGGAGCUCCAGAAAUCUCUGGAGCCUUUACAAGGGAAACUGAAGCUCUUUGAACGAGUUAAAGGAAACUUUGAUCAAACAGCAGAACACAUUAAGGUCCAGGCCCAACACACAGAGAGGGAGAUUAAGGAGCAGUUUAAGAAGCUUCACCAGCUUCUACAACAGGAAGAGGAGGCCAGGAUCACUGCUCUGAGGGAGGAAGAGGAGCAGAAGAGUCAGAUGAUGAAGGACAAGAUUGAGGCUCUGAGCAGAGAGAUAGCAGCUCUGUCAAACACAAUCAGAGCCACACAAAAGGAUCUGAGAGCUGAAGACGUCUCAUUCCUGCAGAACUACAAGGCUGCAGUCAAAAGAGUCCAGCAGUGUCCCCUGCCGGAUGAUCCAGAGCUGGUCUCAGGAGCUCUGAUAGAUGUGGCCAAACACCUGGGCAACCUGACCUUCAACAUCUGGAACAAGAUGAAGGAGAUGGUCUCCUACACUCCUGUGAUUCUGGAUCCAAACACUGCUCAUCCAGAAUUUAUCUUGUCUGAAGAUCUGACCAGCGUGAGACAUGGAGAGAGACAGAAGCUUCCUGAAAACCCAGAGAGGAUUGACUAUCACCGCUCUAUCUGGGGCUGGGAGAGCUUGUACUCCGGGAUUCACAGCUGGGACGUUGAAGUUCGAGACAACACGGCCUGGUUUGUUGGUGUGGCUGCAGAGUCUGUCCAGAAAAAGGGACGAAUAAAAUCUGGGUUCUGGCAGAUAGAGUUUUACAACGGUAAAUACAGCGCACGGAUGUUGGGAGAUCCACCUGCUGUUCUCCGAGUGAGGAAGAAGCUCCAGAGGAUCAGAGUUCAUCUGGACUGUGACAGAGGAAAACUGUCUUUCUUUGAUCCGGAUACGAUCACACACAUACACACCUUCACACACACUUUCAGUGAGAAGGUGUUUCCAUGCAUAGGCACUUUGAAUGAACUGCCACUGAAGAUACUACAAGGCAAGAUCUCUGUAACCAGAGAAUAGGUGUUGUCUCAUAUUUGAGACACUGUUGCCUCAUUUAGAUACGACAUUGUGUCUGAGAUGCAAGAACAAACACACACAAACAUUUCUGAUAAAAUAGCUCUUAAAGCUGCAUUUCCUUGGACUUUAAUCUAAGUUUGCAACAGUCUCAACUGCUUAGAAAAAUAUCUGGCUCUUUAGCAGCCAGAUGGUCCACUUCUUUUACCAGCUAGCUGUUAACUUUUUCUCUCUGCUGUUUGGUGUUGGUCAGGUACUGUACAGUGGGUUUGUCAGGGUUUGUUUCCUGGAAACUGCUGCUUGCUGUUGCUGCUUGUAACACUGAGACUAAACAACCAUGCAAUAAAUGUGUCAUAAGCUAAAAGCAGCUUAAAAGCUUAGUGAGUUUGUCACGUGUCUGAACUUUUUCCGUGUAUUUGUCUUCAGUCGUUCUCUGAGACAGGUUUUCAUAUCCUGGGUAUCUGCAGUAACUUCUUAUAAAUGUUUUCUUUAUAGACCCCCCACCACCACCACCACCUUUAACAUAUUUACACUUAACAAAUUUAUAUACAAUACAUAUUGUAGUGUCAACCUGCUGUCACUGCAUCGUAUGACCACUCGAUGGCACCCAAACUCUCUGAUUUGCUUAAACAAGCUGAAAACCCUUUCAGUGUAGAAACCUCAUGCUCACAGUACUUUUGUAAAUUACUUUGUCAUUACUGUCAGUAGUUGUUAAUGAUUUUGUUUUAUUUUCUAUUUAUUGGAUUUAAUAAUCGCUUUCUGUCAUCACUAAUUUCUUGAAUUAUUUGCCUCUUUUCCUUCAUCAUCCAAAUUAAUGCAGAUUGUAAAUUUGAGACAAUGAGAGGAAACUAAACUCUUCUCUUCA